CUCAUGCCGUUAUCACGUGAUCGACACUCCAGUUGACGCGAGUUUGACAUAACAAUCACAUCCACACCACAACUCAUUCAUUGAUAUCUCGAUGACACACCCGAUGGCAUAAUAAUGGCUAACAAUCAACACAUGAAUGAUGAGGCAAUGGACUGCGGGUCAGGUGCUUAUGACUUGAGAGAUGUCUUGAGAAAACUGAUCCAAAAGCCGAUGACACCCGGAGAGCACUGGUAUCUGUUGGACAUAAAGUGGUGGCAAUUGUGUCGACUAUAUCUCAAAGACACUGAAAGACAAUUGGUUCGCAAUCCCGGACCCAUUGAUAACUCAGCACUGUUUAAAUCGACAAACUCUUGGACUCUGAGGAAUGGACUAAACGAAGACAUCGACUAUCAGUUUGUGCCCGAAGAGGGUUGGCAUCUAUUAGUGGCUGAGUUUGGUUUGUUAGGCGCCGAACACGUGAUCAGUCGACCAGUCAUACACCGGAGCCGACACUCGGCAUACGCUAUGCUUGAGGUCUACCCUCUGGUACUACACGUUCGGCCGUACGGUUCCACUGGUGAUGACAAUGAGAUAAUUGUUGACGACUUGAGUCGAGCCACAACUUUGGCUCAAUUGACGGCACGACUGAAGACAUUGAUGGUCGUGGAGGUGACGGCAGAGACCAGGUUGUGGUCGAAUGGGUGCCCAUUGAACGCCAGUCCCACCGAUGAUGACCAGAGUUUGUACGACGCGGGCAUCACCAAGAAGUCAGUCGUGGAACUGGAGGUUCGCAACCGUGACGGCACGUGGCCUUCCAGUGCGUCCUACAGGCCUACGGCAGCCGUUCCGGGAGUGUGUGGACUCAUAAACCUGGGCCACACCUGCUUCAUGAACGCCGCCCUCCAGUGCCUCUCACACACACAGCCUUUGACUGAAUACCUCCUGUCGGGUGACUAUAAGCGCGACUUAAAUCGGGAGAACCCGUUGGGAAUGGGCGGACAGAUCGCCGACGCAUACGCAGCACUGAUUGGCCAGUUGUGGAGCGGGUGUCAUACCUGUGUGGCCGCCACUGACUUCCGAAUGAUUGUCAGCAUAUUCGCCGAACAGUUCCAGGAGUUCGCUGAACAGGACUCCCAAGAGUUGAUGGCAUUCCUGUUGGACGGCCUAAACCACGAUCUCAAUAGAGUUCGACACAAAUCAUACGUCGAGUCCCGCGAAGACACCGAUGACUUGACUGAUCAGAUGUUGGCCGAAGAGCAGUGGUUAGACUACCGGCGCCUUCACGAUAGCAUAAUUGUGGACACAUUUCAUGGGCAGUUGAAGUCGACCAUCCAGUGCUCCCAUUGUCAAUAUACGAGCCGUAGGUUCGACCCCUACUGUUACCUGAGUCUACCCUUACCUGAAAAGCGCGAGCGUCGUAUUGAUGUUACUUUUGUGUCGACUCUACCGUCGAUGAGAUCGCAAACAGUAGGUUCGGAACCGAUGAAAGUGAUCCGAAUAACUGGUCUCUGCGUACCAAUCGAUGGUGUAAUCGCCGAUAUCUGCAAAUCAGUGACUACUGCUGUCAAUGAAUGUCAUGCCGUCGACCACACCGUCCACUCGGAGAGCCUUCUGGUCACCGAUGUAUACAACCAUCGCUUCUAUAAGAUCUUUGAUCGCCACGAGUCCUAUGAGACAGGACUCACAGAGUGUGAUGAGUUGGUGGUCUAUGAGCUCCAGGACGCCAACUGUCCGUCCGUUGCCGUGUAUUUGCGCGAAGUAAAUGCCGAUAAAACUACAGGCGCUCUGUUUGGACGUCCAUUUGUUGUUAGCAUCACUUCCGACUCCGAUUACGAAAGUGUUUACCAAUCAGUGAUCCAACACUUGCUCGCAUUCAUUCCCGAGGGGUUGGACGAGAGCACAGGUAGCUUUGGACUGGCAUUAGUCAACUCAUUUGGUUCGCUAGACAUCAAACCCGUCGACCCUUCCAACGCUUUCUCAUCGAAGAACUCAUUAAACUAUUUGGCCGUCGAUUUGCCAUCAAAUGUGCGGACUCUGUAUAACAAGUCUAAAGCCAGGGAUGUUAUUAAGCUACCGGUGCCC